UUUCUGAGUCUCUGGGAAGGUUCCGCCUACAGACAACCCGGGCCUGGGCCCUAUAUACAGUCGCGCGGCGCGCUGCUCCCCACGUGAUGCGCUCGAGUCAUCAUUACAUAAGGCUGCGAACAUACUUCCCUGUCCACGAGAUUUACGAGAUUGUUGCGUCAAAUUUCCAAACGGGAAAAACGAGUCAACAAACAACAGCGCCUGCGGAGCCCAGGAAAAAGGACUAGCCGAAGCCCGACAUCUGAAUAUUUGAAAUCCUUUUUUUUCCUGGCACCCUGAAUCCGUCGUGUCGUUCGCCACUGGGGCAAGUCAAAUCUACGUUUCUCCCAAACGGCCUGCUGGUUUCCGAAAGAAGCCCUUUUUCAGACAGCCAUAAAAAACGGUCUUUUUCAUCUGUUCCCCUUGCUUGUUUGCCAUUCUUGCCCAUUAACUGCCAGCCCACCUUCAAUAACCCAUCCUGGAAAGCGGCCUGAAGAUGAUCCAACUGAAAAGACGGCCUCGUGCCAACUACGUGUGCAAUUUUUGUAAACGGCGCAAAGUACGAUGUGACAAGGGCACGCCAUGCUCAGCGUGUGUCAAGUAUGGCAAUCCCAUGUGCGAGUAUCCGCCUGAACCGUUCCCCAAGGCAGAAAGUUCGAAAACCAAGGGUUUUGACGAGCUUGUCAUCCACUUUCAGCCGGCAAGCGCAGUGCCAGCCCUGCUGAAAUGCACUUUGCACCCACGGACGGACCAGCCCCGCACCACCAAAGAGUUUCUGAGUUCCAAAAUGCACCUGGAGCUUGAAUUCCUAAAAUCCAAGAUAUCCAUGCUCGAACACCUGAUUCUGGGGCAAAGCAGCGGCGCCCACAGUCCUGUAUCAUUGCAAGUUCUGCAAAGUGUUUCUCCGUACCCGAUCUGGCAAAAUCCCCACGGAAACAGGGCCGAUUUGUCGUUCAUGCUGGGAUACUACCCUUGUCUAUCAGACUCCCAGUACUUCUCCUUCCACAACCUGUACGUGCCCAUCGUCAGCAUGAGCCCGACCGUCACGCGGCACUUCUACCCACUCAGCUGGGUGUCUCUCAUCAAAAUGUACAGCUCCAUAUCCCCACUUUUUGCCAUGAAACAGCAGAAACGGAUGAAGGAGAAACGGGCAAUCAUCAAGCCUGAAACAGAGCCUACGGGUCCGUCUGAUCGCAUGUUCAAUAUGAAGUUGCGUGAGUUUGUCGGCGUUGAGGGCGACUUCAAUGCUUCCACUCCGCCCAUAGACGUGAGCAAAGUAGAAAACCUCCGUCUCAUAAACCAACGGGCCAAAGCCGUCGGGUUGACUGUGUACGAAGGCGACUUGGAUUCCGAGCAUGACAUAUUGAAGAAAGUCACGAAAUUGUUGCCGACCAGAAAAGUCAUUUGGUUGUUGAUCGACCGCUUUUUCGAGAGAGUCUACCCGUUCUUCCCGUUUUUGGACCAGUUUGAUUUCGAGGCACAGGUUGCCCUGAUGCUUGGCUCUGCGAGCACAGACCAUGUUCGAGUGGAGAAACUCUGUAUACUGAAAAAGGUGGAGGUGGUGUACCUCGGCACCCUCUUGAUCGUGCUCCGCUUGGCGUACCUCACCUUAUUCACAAACGAUGAUGCACAGAACGAAGCCAACUUGUGUUCCGACAACCCAUGUCCAAUGGCCCAGCAGCUCAAAUUCCUCUUGGACAACCCAGUCGAUGUUGAUGUGUUUUCGGUUGCGCAGUUGUGUCUCUUUCAAUUCGGGUACCUCCGCUUCACAAACAUCCCCAUUCUACAGCUAUGUUUGUACCUCAACAUCUACAAUUCGUUUGCUCCCGAGAGUGGUGAAGGUGCCGACAAUACCAACUCACUGGGGUUUUGUGCGAGGAUCAUUGAAAUGGCCCAAACCCUCGGCUUGCAUCGCGAGUCGGACAACUUCCGAUCCAAAAUGCGCAACGACAAGCUCAACAACUUGUGCCGAAAAAUAUGGUGGUAUUUGGUUAUUACAGACACUAUCAGCGGCUUAACUAACGGAUGUCCUCUAAGCAUCAAGAGGUCUCAGUUCGACACACUGCCACCGUAUCAUAAACCAGGAAACGAGAAUAUCAAAAAUGUUCUUCUUGAAAAGCAGGUCAACCAGGCAUUUGCCAACUUUGACACUUGCUACGAUCUUAUUUAUGACGUGGUAUCUGUCAUUUCAGACGUAAGAGCUCCCAUAGCAAUGUCCGACUUGUGUAAAAAACUUUCUGCGCUAGAAAUGAUAGCCCCAGACAUGCUAGGAAGUGUUUCACAAUGGCUUGACAGUCCAAAUGGAACAGUUCCGCAUAUCGAAGUUGAGAACGGACACACGCUCAAAAUCGGGUUCCAGGCUACUUUCUUCCUGGUAAGUGUCAACUUGCACUUUUUCAAUCACUACGAGCUUAUGGGCGAGAUGGACUUGGCUUAUUUCUAUUUGAAGAAAAUACUCAUUGCUUCUGUCUUGAACAUGAUGCCUUUCUACGAAAAGUUUGUGGAAAACACAGGAUCCCUCUUUGUGCAUACCACAGACAUAGCGAUAACGCCGUCGUUCCAAACUUUGGUCCACAAAUGUACCAUCAUUAUUCAUUGUGUGCAAAUGAGGGCCAGGUUUUCCAUCAUCAAAUGCGAAACGCUGCUAACGCAUCAACGUCUGUUAGACGAAGAUGCGGGCUACAGGCGAAGAUACGAACUCUUGCAAGAGACAUUUGCUCUUUGUGAGACAUGUGUGAAUAUAUUCUUGAGGUCAAUGAAAAAGAUGGUGUCCAGAUACUACUAUUGCUGGAGAUACUUGAAAGCCCAAGAAAAAUUGAAGGAGAUUAGAAAUGGAACUGACUAUUACUUGAACUGGUGCAAAGGAAAAGAAAGCUACAUGUUAUUGAGCUGUGACAUGCUUGAGGAUCUCAAUGGUAUUUUAAAGAGUUCAAUUCAAACCGUUCAGAAAAACGAGGUGAAGUCUGAAAGUGCGUCAGAGCCUUCUUACAAGCAUUCUCAUGGCAGUCUUGGCCUUGAUACUGCAGCAACCCUAGGCAGCGAAUUCUCAACAUUCAAUCUGAACGAUCAGUUCUCAGAUGCCAUGUGGACGCAGAUGUUGUCCAUGAAGCCUGGUAUGGGAAAUAAUUCCUUCUAUAACGAUGUGCCUCAAGCAAGCUUCCCGCCGGAGUUCAUGGGGUCUACGUACGACCCAAACAGUUUCGGGGGAUUGGGUGCUGCAGGCGCUGGAUUCUAUGACUCUUUAUUCCACGAUGUCAUGGAGCAGGCAAAUGAAUUUUGAAUGAAAAUGACAAAUAAACGUUUUC